GAAUGAACACGCAAACCAGUCCUGGUGUCAUCGGUACCCGCACAGGCUGCAGAAGGCCAGAAGAUACAACGCGUACGAAAGAAGAGCUUGAUGGCAUUUGCUACGGCGCCCGCAACAUAAAGUCACUUGGCAAUCCUUUCCUGCUUCUGUUCCUCUUUCUUGCAAUUAUCUUUGCUCCACCAUAACCCGCGAAGCUCGCUCUCUUGUUCGCUCACCCACCCCCCGUCCAGCCCACCUCUCAAAUUGACGUCCGGUCCCGCGCCCACGACAAUCGCACUCACGACAACCGCAUUCCUCGACGCAGCUCCUGCAUAGUCCGUCGCUGACAGCCCCCUUGUGCGCUCUCCUCUCCUCACUACCUCUCAGGUCUCGCGGCGCAGCUCAAUCCUUGCACAUCCUCGCCUCUCCCAGGUGACGGCUCGUUCUUUUGCAACCAACCCCAUCGUCAUGGCGGACAUGCUCGGCGGCGGCGGUGCUGCAGGCGGGCUCGGAAACGGUGUCCCUCUUGAGCAGUGGUGGCUCGAGAUGCCACCCGUGACGCGGUACUGGACAACGGCCUCGGUCAUCUGCAGCGUGCUGGUGCAGUGUCAUGUCAUCUCGCCGUUCAACAUGUUCUACAGCGUGCGCGCCGUCUUCAACAAGGGACAGUACUGGCGCCUCAUCUCGACCUUCAUCUACUUCGGUCCCCUCUCCCUCGACCUCGUUUUCCACAUCUUCUUCACGCAGCGGUACUCCCGUCUCCUUGAAGAGUCUUCGGGACGCUCCCCGGCCAAGUUCAUGUACCUCCUCACAUUCGCCUCCCUGUGCCUGCUCUGCCUCGCACCGCUCUUCUCCAUCGCCUUCCUCGGCACCGCCCUCAGCAGCGUCCUCGUCUACAUCUGGUCGCGUCGCAACCCGGACACCCAGCUCUCCUUUCUGGGACUGCUCGUCUUCAAAGCGCCCUGGCUGCCCUGGGUGCUCAUGGCCUUCAGCUUUGCGGUGCACGGCACGGUGCCCAAGGAUGAGAUCUGUGGAGUCGUCGUUGGUCACUGCUGGUACUACUUCAACGACAUUUACCCGCCCACCCACGGCGGCUCGCGACCCCUGGACCCACCGAGCUGGUGGAUCAGACUGUGGGAACCCCAACAGGCCGACGCGUUGCUGGAAGCAGAAAACACUGGCGCGGCAGACGUUCAGGGCGACCUGGCUGCUGCCGCCGCCGCGCCUGUUCCGGCACCGCAGUGAGUCGGGCCUUGUGCAUUGAUUCUUGAGGUCAUAAAAGAAAAUUCGUGAGGGUAAUUUUAGAAAAGCAUAGCGCUGGAGUUGGGUUUGGAAAAACAUGUACAGCACGUAUGGCGACGCUACUUUGUGCGGAUAGAAGCCGUGGUACGGUCACACGAUACCCUUUGCAUCAAAUUCGCAUGUAGCCCUGCUGGACCUGCCUACAUGCAGGCGUUCUAGCAAAUUUAGACAUGUGACUAGCAGCCAUUACAAAUGCGGAUUGAAAUUUACGUGCAAAAGUCCUGAGAAUCUCUGGAAACGUUGAGAUGAUCGAGCGCUCCUUUG